UGUUCGUUCUUGUCAUUUUGCUGUGAUGCUUGUUCGCUGAUCAAAACUAUUUUAUUAUUAGUAAUAUAAAAAAUGGCUGACACCGGGUUACGUAGUAUGAAUUUCGCUGCAUUAAAGCGGGCAGAUCCAUAUGCUCGUGAAAUUGUCGAUAGUGCUACCCACGUUGCCCUUUACACAUUUGAAGAGAACGAAUGGGAGAAAACCAACAUUGAGGGUGCUUUGUUUGUGUACAGUAGAAAUGGUGAACCAUACCACAGUUUAGUGAUUAUGAACAGGCUGAACACUAACAACCUAAUAGAACCAGUGUCUAAAGGAAUUGAACUACAGUUAAAGGAGCCGUUUUUACUAUAUCGUAACGCCAAGUGCCGCAUUUACGGUAUAUGGUUUUAUGAUAAGGACGAGUGCGUGCGAGUGGCCACGAAGUUGAACACAUUAGUGAAAGAGUCCAUAAAACAGUCGCAAGGCGAAACCAUGCCACAGAAUUCAGUUUACAAUUCGUCUACAACUUCAACUCAAUCUAUAGAUAUCUUCAGCAUGUUGAGUAAAGCGCAAGACGAUUUCAAUUCUAAUAAAGGUGUUGCUGGAAACAAAUCCGAAUCGACGCCGGCCAAAGCGCCUGACAUGACGUCGCAAAGUGUAAUGGAUUUCUUUGCAAAGGCUGGGAGUGGAGCAUCGGCUCAAAUGCCUGCAGUGUCUUCAUUGCCCUCACCAGGGAUAUUCGGUCCGCGUGCCACUGAUUCCAGAGAAGUACCACAGCUUUUACAGAGGCUCAUGAGUAACCCUGCACAUUCAGUAGAACAUAUUGAGAAGCAACAGCGAUCUGUUACUCCUCAAGAAGGGCAAAGCUCAAAUGGUAAUUCUACACUAGAUUCUGGUAUCAAACCAAAUUGUAUGUUCUCAUUAAAGUCAACUCCUUUGGAGAAGCAAAAUCAAAGGAUACCAGGAUUGAAAAAAGCUCUGGAUAGUAGUGAUGCUAAUGGAAUAGUCACCAUGGAGAAUGAACUCAAUUUGAUGCACUUAUCUUCUCCCAAGACAACAUCACCAUUAGCUGCAUACUUGAAUCAGUCUCAAGAUAUAGGACACACGGUAAGUUCUUAUUAUGGUAGCAAAGUGGAGGAUGUUGGACAUUCUUAUCCUAAGAUUGACUCUGUAACUACUCAGCAGAAACCGGCGCUGAUGCCCCCCACAAUGUUCACUGCAAGUUCAGGUGGUGAUGUCCAGCCAUCACCGCAGCCACUCACCAGGAAUCAACUCCUUCAGGCCUUUAAUUACUUACUCAAACAUGAUGCAGAUUUUGUGAAUAAACUUCACGAAGCCUAUGUCAAAUCGUUUUCAGAAAAAGCAUUUUCUGUGUCAUAAGAUAAUCUUUUAUGACUGUGGCUGAUGUUGCCAGCCAUUAUUAUGAUGUACAGUUGUAAUAUGAAGCAUAAUCUCUUUAAAAAUGUUGUGUAGAACUUGUUGUUUUUUAGUGACUUACCAUUUGGACAGAGUAUUUUAAAUAAGUUUAAAAAUAUGCAAACCAGUUGUCACUUAAUUUUAUAUAGUGGAUGAAUUUUAGUGACUCCAGAUGAGUGAUAUUCAGUCAGGUCUAUAAUGACACAGAUGUUUGUGAUAUUUUUAGUUACAAGCUAAUUGGCUUCAGCUUGAUGUUCUGUAAAAUCAAACUCAUCCAACAUCCAGUUACUGUUCUUACACAUCCAUCAUACUUUUAAUGUUCUUCUUAUCACAAAAAACGGACAAUACAUAACAAAGUAUACACUUUUCUAAAAUAUAUUAAAUCUCGUAGAGAUAUCCAGCUAUACGUGUUGUUGCAAUUGAAAUUUUCAAAAUAUAAGAGACUUGCCAAGCUGCAACAUUACUUGAUAGGUGUUUUUAUGGACUGUAAAAAAUAUUUUCUAUUCGUUUAUAAAAUAUGCCUUAUGUUACAUAUAGGAAUCAGUUUACUAUAUUUCUGUUUAAGUAAUGUUUUUCAAAUCAUAUUAUACUCAUUUAAAAAAUUUUAUGAUGUAAAAAAUUGAAUUUCCACGCAUCUAACUCUUACGGUAUGCUUGAAAAGAAUUUAAUUUAAAUAAAACGAAAGACUUGAGUACAGAUUAGAAAACUAAAUAUAUGUAAAAAUAAAGAUUUGUUGCAAUAUACUUAAUUUUUAUAAACUUAUUUAGUUUUAGUGUAAUAAAGAUCCUGAGACCUUUUUUCAUAAGACCAAGUAUUUACUACAAGUUGAGUACAUCCUUUCUUUAUUCGAAAACAAUAAUUAAUAAAAAAAUGCCUAGUUUCUAUAUGAGUAAGCUCAAAGUGCCAGUGCAAAACAUAUGGCAUGGCACUGGAAAUCCAAGCUACAUUUGCAAGCUAAGAAAAUGUUAAACUAUAUAAACUCAAUGAAACAAGUUAAGUAGAAUGCUAAAAUUUAUUUAAGAGUUUGUUCUAAAGAAAGAACAUUAAUGAAUUUCAACAAAACAAUAUUAUUGAACAAAUUACAUGUUUGCUUUGAAUUUGUUUCUGGGUGGUAUCUUGAUUUUUGAUAACUCUUGAAGUUAAAGAUUAUUAUGAUUUCAAAACAGAUUUCGUACAAGAAUGUUUUUAGUGACUUUCAUGUCUUUGUUCUUGCAUAGUAAUCUUAUAACUAAAAUCCCAAUAAGUUAGUAAUUAAGACACAGGUGGAUGUAUUUUUUUUGUUUUUCACCAUCCACAUCUACUAUCUACAACCGUGCACCUUUCUUGGGCUUGCAGUGGAUAACUUUCACACCUGCCAUUUCUGAUAGUCAAUGAAUCAGCAAUUUGAUGUUGCCUGCGACCUUGGCGUAUUGCUCUUGCCUCUGGACAAGAAUUGUCAUCUCAACAGACUUAUAUGCUUUGGUGAACUAAAAUAAUCCGACGUACUGAUAAGUGUUGCCUUUAUUUUAUAAACCAAGAAGCUAUUUUAAUUAAUUCUAUUACACAUUACUCCAUUUUUUAAUUUAGUUAACAUAGCUUUGUUUAUGUUUGGAUUAGCUGAUCUAAUUUUAGUCAAAACCUCCAUAUGAAGUUGAAAAUACUUCAAAUUAUAUUGUAAUACUGACCUCGGCAAAUUUUAAGCAAACAUGUAUCUUACUAUACAUUUAUAUACUUCAAAUUUCAAUUUUCAAACAUAUCUUUUAGUUUCAAAUAUUUUUUAGAUUCAUUUAAUUAUUAUUUAGGUUCUAUCUUGUUAUUUUAAAAGAUCUACUUAAAUAAUUUGGAUUCAACAUUUAAAAAGCAUGUAUUUAAUAUAAGAAUACGUCCAUAUUCACAAGACUCAUAAGAUGGCCUACAAAACUAUAUUUUGUGAUCUGUAUCAUGCAUCAGAACAGAAUGCAUUGUUUUUUGAAAAGCAGAAAAAAAGAUAUUCGAUAUUAAGGUUUUUGUUAUAGCAGAAUUUAGUGAUAAAACCUGUAGGUACCUAACUUUUCAAAUUAGUGUGUUGAGGGAAUUUCAAAAUAUAAAAUCUUCCCAAUUACAAUUUUUUUUUUAAAGAACCAGAUAUAGUUAUUUUGUAACAAUUUCCCUUUAUUAAUUAGUUAAAAAAAAUCAAUUGUCCGAUUCUGUUAAAAACCCAUUUGAAAAUGUUAGUAGUGUUCAAUUUGACAUAUUCAAACUAGAAAGAUGUUAUCAAAAUCGUUCAAAAUUAAAGGGUUCACUGAGAUUGAA